GAUUACAAUAUGAUAAAGAUGGUGCUAAUCAGAGGUUGUGGUCAAAAGAAGACAUGAAUGAAUUUAGCAAAAGAGCUCAGUGUUUCGUAGAUACGAUCAGCAACAUCACCGUACCUGGGACUGGGGGAAUGAAGACUAAUGGAGAAAGGACUUUAGCUGAAACACUUGCCGACCACGAAGGACUCAAAACUAGUUAUAUGGCUUAUAUGCAGUGGCUGAAGACAAAUAGGACAGGCAAAGAUGAGAAAAGAUUACCAGGACUUCAAUAUUCGCCAAAGCAAUUAUUUUUUCUUAAUAGUGCAAUUGACCAAUGCAGCAAACUCAGAAGAAAAAAGAGAAUAUCAUUGGUCAGAUAUUCAAAUUAUCCCGUGGAAAGUAUAAGAAUAAACUUUCAAAUGCAGAACAGUAAAGAAUUUGCAGAGGCAUGGAAUUGUCCAGUUGGAUCCUUCAUGAAUCCGGGAGAUAAAUGCAAUUUAUAUUGAAAAACAAAUGCAAGUGUUUUGAAAAAAUGUCGUACUCUUAUUGUAAAAUACAUGUAUUGAAUUAUUGAAGAAUUGUGUUGUAACUGUAUUAAAUAAAACGACUUUAGCGAGUAUAAACAUUAAUGUAUUGAUGUAAGUGAUGAACAACAUCUAAUAAGCGUAUUGAAGACAAGAAGUAUCAAGGUUAAGACCGUCUACAAUAAAUAUUUUGAAUUCUCACUAAAUACGCAAAAUAAGCCAUAAAAGAAUGUUCAUUUUUUUGCUUUGAUACAUUAUUGCACACUUAUUUGAAGACAUCCAUAUCUUAACGACUGUUAAUAUAUUUACAAUAUUCUACAAAUCUGUCUGUAUCAGCUUCAAUGUAAAAUAUAAUCCUUCAUCUUAAAGUAAGCAGUGUAUAAUAAACAUAAAUCAAGCUACUGAAAUUAACAACACACCAACAAAUAUUAGGAUAUUAAGCAUUUCUCAUGUUUUAAAUGGAAUUAUUCAGCGCCAACUUGUGCCUUAAACAAUGCGCA